AUGGAGGAGCAGCAGUUUCAAACGAGCGUCGACGUCAGCGUGAGCAACAUGCAGCGCGACGGCGUCGACGUUCCCGAUCCGUUGACGCUGGACACGGCCAUGAUGCUCACGUAUUCGUACGACGCCAUCCCCGACCCACACGUCUCUCCCGCCGCGCCCCUCGCCUCCGCCAUCGCCGCGCGGGCCCCAGCCGACGGCGUCGACCGCAUCAGCCUCCUCCCCGACUCGCUGCUCAGGAACGUCGUGUCGCGCCUCCCUGCCAAGGACGCCGCGCUCGCCACGCGCUGGCGCGGCCUCGGGCGCUCCGUGCCCCUCGCCGUCGUCGACGCCCACAUCCUCCCGGCCUACGUCCCGGCCGACCACACGAUGCCCGGAGGCGAGGACGUCCUGUCCUGGGCCGUCGCCGUCGUGGCGUCCCGCGUCCUGGACGCGCACCCGGGCCCCUUCCGCUGCGUCCACCUCUCCCGCUGCCACAUGGCGUCGCACCAGGCCGACAUCAGGCGCUGGCUGGAGCUCAUCGCCGCCAAGGGCGUCCAAGAGCUCGGUCCCCAGCACCGCCGGGCUCCCGCGCACUACAUGCUUCCCUGCCUCCGGGAGCUUGUCCUCGACACGGUCGCCAUCGAGGAACGAGACCUCCACUUCUUGAUCGACCGGAGCCCCGUCCUGGAGGUCCUCACCAUCACCACAAACCAGACCGGGGCUCGAGUCCGGCUGAUCAGCCGCAGCCUGCGGUGCGUGCAGGUGAGCACGUCUGCCGAAGUGCACAUUACUGUGGUGGACGCUCCUCGUCUGGAGAGGCUGCUCAUGUGGAUGAUAUCACCUGCCGUGCCGGGCGAGAGCUGCUCAAGGAUCAAGAUUGGACAUGCACCCAACCUGUGCAUGCUGGGACAUUGGCAGCCGGGAUUCGAACUGGAGAUUGGCAAUACCAUCCUCAAGGUGGGUACUAAAAUGAGCCCAAGCACCAUGGUCCCAACCGUCAAGAUCUUGGCUUUGGAGGUGGGAUUUGAAGUCCACAAUGAAGUCAAAAUGAUGCCUUGCUUUUUCAACUGUUUUCUCAACGUCGAGACGCUACAUAUCUUCUCAUUGAAUGAUACCCCCAGUGGCAAGGUUGAUCCCAAGUUCUGGAAGGGGAAGGAGGCUGGCUGUAUUGAUUGUGUCCAGAGGCAUGUGAAGAAAUUUGUCUUCCAAGAGUUUCGGGGUAAGAGAAGUGAGCUAGCGUUCCUCAAGUUCAUUGCUGAGAGAGCGCAAGUCCUGGAGAAGAUGGUGGUCAUGGUGGCCUCUAAAUGCUUCUCUUCAGCAGAUGCUGUCAAUGCCAAGCUGAAGCCUCUGACUUCUGCAAUAUGGGCCAGUAAAGACUGUAAAUUGAUUGUCUUCAAGAGUCCAUCCUCUGAUGGGGCAUCCCCUGCUUGGGCUUCCAAAACAGCAUCUGAUUUUUCAUGUAGCAACCCUUUUGAUCUUCCGACCGCUAAUGCUGAACUCUACAGUGGUGCCUUUGUGCUUCAACAUUCCAACACUCUCUGA